UCGAAGAUAUGGAUUUCGAACGCAGACGUUGCCGACAUUUUCCUGGUGAUGGCCAAUGUCGACCCGAGCAAGAAAUACAAGGGCAUCACUUGUUUCAUCGUGGAGAAAGGAACCCCGGGUUUCUCCAUUGCCAAGAAGGAGAAGAAACUGGGACUGAGAGCCUCUGCAACCUGUGUGCUGAAUUUCGAGGACGUUCAUGUGCCGGAUGAAAACAUCCUGGGCAACGUGGGAGAGGGCUACAAGUACGCCAUCUCCUCGCUGAACGAGGGCAGAAUCGGGAUUGGCGCGCAAAUGGUUGGUCUGGCCCAGGGCUGUCUGGACAUUGCCAUCCCCUACACGCUGCAGAGGUCCCAGUUUGGCAAGAAACUCUUUGAAUUUCAAGCCAUGCAGCACCAGAUUUCCAGAGCUUGCAUGAAGCUGGAAUGUGCCAGGUUAUUGGUGUACAAUGCCGCGAGACUCAAGGAAGCCAACCUGCCGUUUGUCAAGGAGGCCUGCAUGGCCAAGCUGUUCUGCUCAGCGACGAAAUUCGCCAGAGAGAAAAUCCAGCCCCUUGUGAUGAAGAUGGAUGAGGACGAGAAGUUCGAUCCCGGGAUGAUUAAAGACCUUUUUGAGAAUGGGUUCAUGGGUCUGGAGAUCCCAGAAGAGUUUGGUGGAGCAGGCACAUCGUUCUUCCAAUCCCUGCUGGUGAUUGAAGAAAUAUCUCGAGUUGAUCCAACCGUUGGCAUCCUCGUGGACAUUCAAAACACGCUCAUCAACGCGCUGAUUUCAUCGUUGGGAACCAAGGCGCAGAGAGAAAAGUAUCUUCCGAGGCUGGCCCAGCAAACAGCGGGGUCUUUUUGUCUCUCUGAGCCCGAAUCCGGUUCUGAUGCAUUUGCCAUGAAAACUCGUGCCGAAAAAGUAACCGGAGGAUACGUUAUCAAUGGGUCGAAGAUUUGGAUUUCGAACGCAGACGUUGCCGACAUUUUCCUGGUGAUGGCCAAUGUCGACCCGAGCAAGAAAUACAAGGGCAUCACUUGCUUCAUCGUGGAAAAAGGAACCCCGGGUUUCUCCAUUGCCAAGAAGGAGAAGAAACUGGGACUGAGAGCCUCUGCAACCUGUGUGCUGAAUUUCGAGGACGUUCAUGUGCCGGAUGAAAACAUCCUGGGCAACGUGGGAGAGGGCUACAAGUACGCCAUUUCCUCGCUGAACGAGGGCAGAAUCGGGAUUGGCGCGCAAAUGGUUGGUCUGGCUCAGGGCUGUCUGGACAUUGCCAUCCCCUACACGCUGCAGAGGUCCCAGUUUGGCAAGAAACUCUUUGAAUUUCAAGCCAUGCAGCACCAGAUUUCCAGAGCUUGCAUGAAGCUGGAAUGUGCCAGGUUAUUGGUGUACAAUGCCGCGAGACUCAAGGAAGCCAACCUGCCGUUUGUCAAGGAGGCCUGCAUGGCCAAGCUGUUUUGCUCAGAAACAGCACAGGAGAUUGCAUCACAGGCUGUUGACUGGAUGGGAGGCAUGGGCUUUGUCAGAGACUCCCUCGUUGAGAAGUACUACAGAGACUCUAAAAUCGGCACCAUUUACGAAGGCACUUCCAACAUCCAGCUGAACACAAUGGCUGCUCGCCUGAAGCAGGAAUGGUCUUGAUGCGUCAGCCAUUUUGCGUGUGGUUUUUCCGACCCGGUGUGGUUCGAGUGUUGCUUUUCAGUUUGGGAAGAAGAAAAAAGUGUGCAAUAUUGUUAGAAAUGGAUCUGUACUGCUUUUCGUGACUGGUUUGUGAAGGAUGCUUUUUAGUCCUGGCGAUCGAAUAACAAAAACAUGGAAUCAGGGGGGAGAUGAGAAAGUUUGCAGUUGCCUUUUUUCUUUGAGUGGCAUUUGACGAAGCUGUGAAAAGGGCAUUUUCUUCCGCAA